UCUCCCUCUCAACACAAACACUCACAGACGCCAGUUGGUCGCGGAACACCACCCUCGCUGCGCUAUCCCCACACAUCCUCCCCCAGGAAAACACAAACACAGAAAAGACUUAAUUUUUAUUCUUAUCUCCUGUCAUUUUUCCUCUCUUUGACUUCCUCUGUUUCGUCUCUCUCGUUGCUUUUGUAUGAGACAGAAAGACAGUAAGAGGUUCAGUUUCAUCUCAAGGUUCACGUAAUCCGGAUCUUCAUUUGGGGACGUCAUGAGGCCACACCUGACAAGGCAUCUUAUUCUGGCAGCUCUGGUGGGCGUGUGUUUGUCCCAGCGGAGCUACCUGCCGCCCACAAAUGGUUUCAAUGGCAACGGUAAUGGCAACGGCAACGGGAAUGGAAAUGGCAACGGUAACGGAAACGGCAACGGUAAUGGGAAUGGAAAUGACAUAAACGGAAAUGGAAAUGGCAAUGGAGUAAAUGGGAACGGAAAUGGCAACGGCAAUGGUAAUGGAAAUGGCAAUGGCAAUGGAAAUGGUAACGGGUUUGGAUAUCGCUAUAACGGAAACGGUAACGGAAAUGGUAAUGGUCUUAAUGGUAAUGGAAAUGGCAACGGGCUCAACGGUAAUGGAAACAGUAUCGGAAAUGGCAACGGUUUUAAUGGCAAUGGCAAUAGUAACGGAAAUGGGAUUGGCAAUGGUAUUAAUGGCAACGGUAAUGGCAACGGAUUGAAUGGAAAUGGAAAUGGCAACGGUUUCAAUGGAAAUGGCAAUGGUAUUAAUGGCAACGGUAAUGGCAACGGCUUGAAUGGAAAUGGAAAUGGCAACGAUUUCAAUGGGAAUGGCAAUGGUAUUAAUGGCAACGGUAAUGGCAACGGAUUGAAUGGAAAUGGAAAUGACAACGGUUUCAAUGGGAAUGGCAACGGUAUUAAUGGCAACGGUAAUGGUAACGGUUUCAAUGGUAAUGGAAAUGGCAAUGGUAACGGUAACGGCUUCAACGGCAAUGGCAAUGGCAACGGUAAUGGCUUCAAUGGUAAUGGAAAUGGCAAUGGCAACGGCAAUGGCUUCAACGGUAAUGGAAAUGGAAAUGGCAACGGUAACGGCCUCAAUGGUAAUGGCAAUGGCAACGGGAACGGCUUUAACGGUAAUGGCAAUGGUAAUGGUAACGGCUUUAAUGGCAAUGGGAACGGCAACGGGAACGGUGACCCCCUAGCUGCCCUGAGCGCGGCGAUCGGUGGUGGCGGCGUGGCUGGCGUGGACUACCCGAUCCUGGCCGAGGUGCCCGACACUGGCUUUACCUGCAACAACCUCAUCCCUGGCUACUACGCCGACACUGCCCCCGUGGCCGGCUGUCAGGUAUUCCACAUCUGCCAGGCGGGCGGGCGGCAGAACUCCUUCCUGUGUCCCAACGGCACCGUGUUCAACCAGCAGUACUUCGUGUGUGACUGGUGGUACAACUUCGACUGCUCCACCGCGCCGGACUUCUACGACCUCAACGCCAACAUCGGAGUCACCAACGGGAACAGUCACGGAAAUGGGAACGGUAAUGGGAAUGGUAAUGGCAACGGUAAUGGAGGCAACGGUAAUGGUAAUGGGAAUGGUAAUGGCAACGGGAAUGGAGGCAACGGUAAUGGAAAUGGCAAUGGUAAUGGUAACGGUAAUGGAGGCAACGGUAAUGGUAAUGGCAAUGGUAAUGGUAACGGGAAUGGAGGCAACGGUAAUGGAAAUGGCAAUGGUAACGGUAAUGGAAAUGGUAAUGGCAACGGAAAUGGUAAUGGUAAUGGCAAUGGCAAUGGCAACGGAAAUGGUAAUGGCAAUGGUAACGGUAAUGGCAAUGGCAAUAGUAACGGUAAUGGAAAUGGUAAUGGCAACGGAAAUGGCAACGGCAACGGUAAUGGCAAUGGAAACGGUAAUGGAAACGGCAAUGGAAAUGGCAACGGUAAUGGUAAUGGUGAUGGUAAUGGCAACGGUAAUGGCAAUGGUAAUGGCAACGGCAAUGGUAAUGGAUAUGCAUAUAACAGAAACGGUAAUGGAAGAAACACAUUCGGAAACGGUAAUGGCAAUGGAUAUAGUUAUGGCAAUAAUGGUAAUGGCAACGGUAAUGGAAAUGGCAAUGGCAACGGCAAUGGAAAUGGCAACGGUAAUGGCAAUGGCAAUUUUAACGGUAAUGGCAACGCUAAUGGAAAUGGCAACGGUAACGGCAACGUAAAUGGAAAUGGAAAUGGUAAUGGUAACGGCAAUGGCAACGGGAAUGGAUACAGUUAUCACAGAAAUGGCAACGGGGGAAACGGAUUUAAUGGCAACAGUAUUGGACGAUGAAGAUAACAAGAAGAGAAGGAUGAAAACAGGAACACAAUCAUUAGUGAUAAAUAUGGUAAAAUAAAUAAAUAAAUAAAUAAAUAAAUAAAUAAAUAAAUAAAAAGUAACGACAAGAAGAGUAACGAAGAAUGAUCUCACUGUAGAUUAUCAUUAACAUUAUUAUUACCAUUAUUAUUACCAUUAUUAUUAUCAUUAUUACCAUUAUUAUUAUUAUUAUUAUUAUUAUUAUUAUUAUUAUUAUUAUUAUUAUUAUAUUUACUGUUAUUAUGAAAGGUCAGAAUUCCUUUAAUAUUGGUAAUCGAACGCCAAGGAACAAAUAUUUAAUGGAAAAAUACUAAUACUUAUAUAUCACGCAUAAAUCGAUGACAUUAUCAGAGAGAGAGAGAGAGAGAGAGAGAGAGAGAGAGAGAGAGAGAGAGAGAGCCUGACACACACACACACACGUAAAGAUUUGAUGAUAACCAUACUACUACUACUACUACUACUACUACUACUACUACUACUACUAAUAAUAAUAAUAAUAAUAAUAAUAAUAAUAAUAAUGAUAAUAAUAAUGUACGGUUUUGCACGAUACUUCUGCUACUCUUUAGAUAGGCGCAUGUUAUUUUCUCGAGUUUUUCCCGGUGUUACGCGUCUGGAGGGUGUGAUGUGCGAGUAUACUAUAAUUUGUCUACUCUGAAAUGGCUCCUGGAUUUAAAACAUACUGUAGCUUAUUCAUUACGUCAUUGAUUUGAUGUGAAUGAUUUUUGUUUUCUGUCGAUCAACGCUCAUAUUACAAGUAUAGCUCACAGUUUUCCUCAAGACCUGACAACCACGCAUUCCCUGGUACACCACUCAAACCAAGACCCAUCCAGGAGCCACUUUAGAGAAGGCAGACUAUACACGACAUUCUAGUAUUAGGUGCCAUAAAAGAAAUAUUGAGUGAGUUUGUUAAAGAUUGUAAUGAAUUAGUAGUAUCAUAUAUAAAGAGAGUUUAUGAAAGAUUGCUAUGAAUUUAGAAGUUAUGAAGGUGGUAUAGAGAAAUAUUACAGAGCUUAUGAAAGAUUGUUAUUAAAAGUUAUGAAGGUGGUAAGAAAUAUUUAGUGAGUUUGUUAAAGACUGUAACAGAUUAGUGGUAUCAUAUAUUUUUAAGGAGUUUAUAUGAAUUUAGAAGUUAUGAAGGUGAUAUAGAGAAAUAUUAGAGUUCAUGAAAGAUUGUUAUUAGAAGUUACGAAGGUGGUGAUAAAUAUUUAGUGAGUUUAUGAAAGAUUGUAAGUGUUUGUCAUUUAUGGCAGUACGUAAUAUCGCAUCUUGUUGUUUUUUAUCUGUUGUUUCGUUUACAACCGAGUCAUAGUUAAUGUCUUUUGUAACUUGACGAAAGUGUGAAUAAAUGUAUUACAACAUGUC